AAUACCACGCGGUAUUCCCCGACAGGCCGGAUUCGCCGUGGGUAGCUCGCGUCGCUCGCUCGACAUGCUCUCGCACAGCCUGCUCGUCAACACCGGGAACGUACUCUCCCUGAGCGAGGCGAGGCAGAAGGCCAGUCAGAAUUCUACGGAUGAGCUGAUCGAGACGCUCAAGAUCAUCCUGAAUGACGAACAAAGCAAGGGGGAUGACACGACAGUUAUCAAUGGAAAGAAGGACACGAGUCUGCAGGACGUGGAUAGGAAAGACCUGAAGAUCACGGUCAAAGUGUUCAUCCCGUCGCCCGACGUCGACUCGUUGAAGGAGGCGUUGGAUCAAGCAUUCGAGGCGCUAUGCACGGACACCAUAGAGUCCCUGGUGAUAGCUUACAAGAGCGCCGAGGAGCCGGAGUUCGUGCUGUCGUCGUUGAAAAAGAUCUGGUCCGUGGUGGAAGAGUACGUCAAGGCUGACAAGUUAUGCAGCGUCGGGCUGAGCGACAUCAACACAAACACCUUCAUCGAGCUGUUCCAGUGGGCCGGCGUGAAGCCGAACAUCGUGCAGAUCAAUUUGGCCACGUGCUGCGUGGUGCCGCCGGCCCUGCAGGAGUUCACUAAGGAGCAUGACAUUCAACUGCUGACCCACAGCGAUCCCAGUCAAAUUCUCCCUCAAGAAGUGCUAGAGAACAUAUUUGGCUCGCCCGUCUGUUUGCACUGGCUGAUAAGAUACCAGAUCCAUCUCAAAUGCCGUGGAAUUUUAUCGGCGAAAGGAUACCUGCUGCGCAUUAAUAAGUCGAACGUCAAACCUUAACGCCGACGUCGUUAAGGUCGACUCACCAAUUGUUGCCACGGUUCGACGCGCCGCAUGUCUCACGUAUUGUAUUAUCGGCACGCUUUUACACGGAAAACUCGUUACUUAAUUUUUGUGAUCGCAAGCAUUUCCGAUGUUUUAUUGUAUAUAAAUGAAUAUGUAUAGGCUUCUGUAGCGUAGCGUCGCGUUAAGCGACUUAUUCUUACCCGGUGAACGCCAACUGACAGUUCCGUAACGUCAAUAUUUACCUUCCAACUCAACAAUGUAAAUGUUGCUGCACGGUCUCGCGAGCCCGAGGUUCUAGCUACGCUUACACUUGCCGUGAGACACUACAGUGUCUCGUGAUAGCGUGUAUUGUACAACAUACAUAACGGUUGUGAGUAGAAAGUUAUAAUAUUGUUGCUACGCAAUUGUUGGCGUUUACUGGGUAUCGAUUAGCUCUUGUGAGUUUUUGUAUAAAUUUGAUAUAACUUUUUAUAGCAUGAUGUAGGUAGACGCGCAUUUUUCUCUUCUUUUUUAUUCAGUUUCUUAACGACCACUUCAGUAGUUUACCGUUGUAAACCAUUCGAAGAAUAAAGUAUUGCAAUUUAUCGAGAGAAAA